CCGCCCCCCUGGCCCGGCUUCCAUCACAAUCGGCCACCCAUAGCCGGGUGUGCCGCCCCUCUUUUCAAAAUAAUACCGUUAUUUAACGGCUAUUUUAAUAAAAAAAAUCAAUUUCCUUUUAAAUAAAUACCAUAAUCCCAAUCCAUUUUUAAACCAAUUUCUCUCAUUCUACUCCCAUUCUUCUCCAUUUCUCAUCCUUUUUUAUAAAAAUACUCUAUAUUUUUUAUACCAUUCUCUCCCAAACAUGAAUCCAUUCAACCCAAACAACCCCAACCCAAACAACCCCAACCCGAAUAAUCCCAAUCCGAACCAACCUAAUUUUUUUUCGAGUCCCGCUUACACUCCGACUAUGGAUCCUUCGUGGGGGCUUCGCAAUUUCCGUUUUCGGGUUUCCAACAAACACCCAACGCCUUCUCACAAAUGUCUCAACUACAACAAGUUCAACAAUAUCAAGCGCUCCAACAAAUCAUGCAACGCAACACGUUUGAACAACUCCAAUCCCAAUCGCAACCCCCGGUUCAAGUUGAAGAUGAUGAUGAAGAAGUCGUCCCCGAAUCACCACCGCAAGAGCUCACGCGCAAAAAAAAGAAGGGGAAGGGAAAGAUGGUUGAACCCGAAACCGCGCAAAAACCGAGAGCAAAGGGGAGGCAAUGGACGAAAGUAGAAGAGGAGGCGCUAGCUAUGGCGUUUACUAAGGCCUCUAAUUGCCCGAUAGUCGGAAACAACCAAACGGGUAGUAGUUUUUGGAAGAAGACAACGGAUAGGUUUAACGCGAUUAUGGAGCAUGGGGAGGCUCGUGAUGUCGAAUCCGUCUCGGGCAAGUGGCGAAAAAUGAUCAAGGUCGUCAACGCCUUUAAUCAAAUUUAUAACCAAAUUUACCUUUCGCCGCCAAGCGGGAGUAACGAGCAAGAUAUUCUUAACCUUGCUAUCGCCAAGUGGGACUCCCAAAAUUCAACGCCUUUCCCGCACUUCCGAGCAUGGAACGUUGUAAGGAAAGAACAAAAAUGGAAGCCGGUUCCAAAUGAGGUCGCAACGGCCAAACGCACUAAAACUUCCGAGUCCGGAGGAUGAACGUGAGGUUUAUCGGAGGAUGAAGGAAGAGGUGAAAAAAAAAUGGACGUCGUAGGUUUUAGGAAACGUAAUUUUUUUUAUUUUUUAUUUUCGGUUUCUUUUUAUUUUUUAGGAAAUGUAAUUUUUUUUUUUU